AUGACCAAAAUGGAAGUUCGGAGAAUCAAGUGCGACGCCAUCUCCGCCGAACACCGUCCCGUCGGCUCCAUCAAAACCCGUACGAUACCGCCAAGAGUCGACGUCGCCGUCCGAGGGGUCAACUUCAAGCUGACCCGCAAGCACCCCCUGUCCAACACUCUCAGCUUCCGCUUCCUGGGCGUGGGGGAGAUGCGCUGGGAAGAGCUAGGCAAGGGGUGCAGGGGCAUGAGGCUCAUCGACUUCAACGGCAAGACGCUUGCACACUUCCGCCCGAGGCUGCAUGUGCUGGGUGCCACCGAAGGAGGCAGAGAAAGAGACGAAAGCAACCCGCUCGCAGGCGGCUUGCGCGGGCUGACCAGGGCCGGGUGCGGUCCCGCCUUCGAGCUGCACGCCGCGCUUGCAGAUCUCGACCUGGACCUGCUUGUCACGACUGGCUUGGCGGCGGCAGAGCACCGUCGGCAGUUGAACGAGGACUGGGACAUCGUGUCCGAGGAGUAG